AUGGUGUGCAGUGAGGGCCUCGAUGUCGCUGGUGUGCUCGAAAAGAUAGGCAUAGACCUUACGGGUUUCUGGCACACGACGAGGCGGCCCAUAAUCUUCGUGGCACACAGCCUCGGUGGCAUCAUCGUUAAGAGCGCCCUCAUCCACUCGGACGCUGCUCGGAAGGGAGCGCUAGAAGAACACCGAUCUAUCAAGGCCUCGACAUACGGCAUCGUAUUCAUGGGCACGCCUCACCAAGGCGGCAGCGGAGUGCAGCUGGGAAAGCUGCUGGUAAAUGUGGCGUCAGUGUUCGUAGCAGCUGAUGACCGGCUGAUGAAGCACCUGGAGCGAGACUCGGAAUGGCUCCAGCAGCAGCUUGGCCAGUACGGGCAGAUCAGCGGAGAGUUUGUGACCAAGUUUGCCUAUGAGGAGUACAUGACUCCAACAGUGCUAGGCCAUUCAAUCAUGGUGGUGCCACGAGCAUCGGCCGUCGUACCUGGAGCGGCUGAUGGAGAGCCGAUCGUCAUCCAUGCGAAUCACAUCGACAUGGUCAAGUUCCCGUCGAAGGAGGACAGUGGAUACAAGACCGUUUCGGGGCAUUUACAGAUCAUGGCUCAAAGUGCAAGCGAUGUUAUUCCUUUGCGAUGGGAGGAGGAGAGCAGAGUCAAUGCGGCUCGUAUGAACGCCGAGGAAAGCUUUUCUCUCGACUUUAGCCUGUCCGAUGUUUCUGAGACCGACCGCUUUGUCGCGAGACAGGACGAGCUGGCCGAAAUGCACAAGACACUCGACGAUGACAUGCGCCGGACCGUUGUUCUGCACGGCCUUGGCGGAAUCGGCAAGACCCAGCUCGCGGUUGCGUACGCCAAACUCCACAGAGCCGAUUACUCGGCUAUAUUUUGGCUAAACAUUAAAGAUGAGGAUUCGUUAAAACAGAGCUUCGCAAGGGUUGCAAGACGGAUCUUGCGGGAGCACCCUUCAGCUAGCAGAUUGGAUGCUGUCACGGAAGACAGCAAGCUUGAUGAGGUGGUUGAUGCGCUCGCAGGCAAUACGGAUCAUGCCGCAAUCGACAUCCGCCGGUUCCUACCCGAAGCAUAUCACGGUUCAAUUAUCAUUACAACCAGGUCGGCGCAAGUGAGCGUCGGUCAUCGCAUUCGACUUGGCAAGCUGAAGGAUGUCCACGACAGCCUUCAGAUCUUGUCUAAUGCGUCACGGCGGGAGGGUGUAUUGGAUGAUCCCGAUGCCGAGCAGCUUGUCAAAGAGUUGGACGGGCUUCCGCUGGCCCUGGCCACGGCCGGCGCAUAUCUUGACCAGGUGCCAACCAGUUUCAUGGACUACUUGCGUCUGUACAAGGCAUCGUGGCUGAAGCUGCAGCAGACAAGUCCCGAACUAAGCUCGUACGAAGACCGAGCAUUGUACUCCACAUGGCAAUUGUCGUUCGACCACAUCAAGCAGCAGAAUGAGCUCUCGGCUAAACUUCUCCAACUGUGGGCUUACUUUGACAACCAAGACAUCUGGUUUGAACUUCUGCGAGAAGGGGCUUUAAAUGGUCCGGAAUGGCUCUCUCAACUGACGGAGGACGAGCUCAGCUUUAACCAGACAGCCAGGUUGUUAUGCGACCACGGACUGGCGGAGGUGGACAAGUCAUUGAAGGAGAUUGGGCUUGAAUCGAGAGGGUAUAGCAUGCACAGCUGUGUCCACUCAUGGACAGUUCAUGUUUUGAAUCAAGAGUGGGAUUCUAGGACAGCAAGUCUUGCGCUUCAGUGUGUAGGCUCGCAUGUACGGGACAACAACGCCAGCCAUGUCACUCAACGGCGGCUUAUUCGACAUGCAGCUAAGUGUUGGUCCUCUGUCGUCAAUCACGUAGUCGGCGAGGAUGGCAUAGAAUGGGCUCUAUACUCUUUCGGAUACCUCUACGCGGACCAGGGAAAGCUAAUUGAGGCAGAGGAGAUGUAUCAGCGGGCACUGCAAGGAUACGAGAAGGCAUGGGGUCCAGACCACACAUCAACACUCGAUACGGUCAACAACUUGGGCAGCCUCUACGUGGACCAGGGAAAGCUGAUUGAGGCGGAGGAGAUGUAUCAGCGGGCACUGCGAGGAUACGAGAAGGCACUCGGUCACGACCAAGUUAAAGGCGCAGCUGCUAGAAGUAGGUUCCUAGCGCGUUUAGCGCUAGCUGCUAGUGCGCCCUCCUAA